AUGCUGUCAAUUAGCACAGAAAAUAAUUACAAACUGCAUUUGUUAGCAAAAAAAAAAAAAAAAAAAAGGCAUUGAAAAUUAUGCACUUGCAAUGUAAGUCUUUAGAGGAAAUGUACUGUACAACAUUAAUUUUUAUUAAUUUCUCCACUUGGGCAACUGUACUGUACUGUAACUGUUUUUUAUGGCUCUUGUAGUUUGAGGAAUGUUUUAAAAAAUAUAUAUAUUAUUGGCAACAGUACUAACCUACUGCCAUAGGUACAAGACAUGGUAAACAUACAGGAAGGAAAAAAAAUAACGUUCACAUUUUUGUAAUUUCGCCAAGUAAUCACAAGUGUGCUUUUUUUUUUUGUUUUUUUUUUUGUUUAUUGUCUCAUACAAAUUUCCGUAAACCCGUUGUUAGAUGUUAAAUGCUUCCCUCAAUUAACCCUGAAUAAUGAUUGGCUGUGAAUGUGCAUAAAGUCGCAUUAAGUGUGCAAUGCUCAGACACGCUUUAUGCCCAACGGCCAAGUGCGGAUCCCGCAGGCACCCUGAAGUGGGCGAUACAGGGAUUAAGAGGGCGCAGGGAACAGCAAAGACGCCAACCCAGUUACCUCUAGUGCACUCGUCCGCUCACUUUUACUCAAUUACAGCGACACAAUUACAGAAUAAAGAAUGCCGAGCUCAUAAAAAUGCAUAGAAGGCAAACAGAAAUCCACCUUAAUGGGAAGAACCAAACUGAGAAAAGUUUGGUUUUUAAUUUACUCAUCUAAAAAUAUCUCCACGGCAGUCUAGCACUUGCAAGGCUCACUCUUUUUCUCUUCACACACUCUCGUACCAAAGCCCACCUCUCAGUUGCCCUCCCCCAAAGAGUGUCAUCAUGACACGCAGCUUUGAAAUACUCUGACAGGCACAGAAUUGCUCAUACUGGUGCUAAGCAUUGAAGAAGCCAGACUAUUGACAAGGAAAUGUGUCAUUUUAUUGCUUUGAUCAUCUCACGUUAACAAAUGGACUGAUAGCAGCUGAAUAUCUUUUCACUGAUGUGACAAAGGCACUCCGAGGUGAUGAAAUAAGCAACCUUGCUAGGAUGGAAAGGAUUACUAUUAACGGGACAUAUUGAUCUUUUUCAUCAUCCGAGGUGGUCUCCUUUAGAUUUGAGUGAGGUGACCCACAGAUCAUCUAUUUCACAUUCGGCAUUACUCUCUCAAUGCACUUGAAAAAUGCUGGAUGUGUGCUGGCUUCAUUGAGACCAGAGGAAGCGCACACAGUCCUAUUCAACUCCCCAAUGAUGAGCAGCUCACCUAUCCCUCGAGUAGAUGCCGCAUCAGGUGCAGAUCCCAAUCUUCACAGGAGCUUCAAUGACAGCAGCACUUUCGGUGAAGUUUGGAGCAUCAGUGGCAGUGGUCCAUGGCUUCUCGCAGUCAUGCUGUCACUCAUAAUUCUGGUGACAGCAUGUGGGAACAUUUUGCUGAUUGCCUUGGUUUUUGCACAUCGGUCACUGCGAUGCACCUCCAAUUGCUUCCUGGUGUCCCUGUUCCUGUCGGACUUGAUGGUGGCUCUGGUUGUGAUGCCCCCUGCUAUGCUCAAUGUGCUGUGCGGGACUUGGGUUCUGGCUCCUGGCUUCUGCCCCGUCUGGCUUUGUUUCGAUGUGAUGUGCUGUAGUGCUUCCAUUCUCAACUUGUGCGUCAUCAGUCUAGACCGCUACCUCCUCAUCAUCUCUCCACUGCGAUACAAACAGCACAUGACCCCACCCCGUGCCUUGCUUCUUGUGGGUGGGGCUUGGGGGUUGGCAGCCCUCACUUCCUUCUUGCCAAUCAAGAUGGACUGGCACAGCUUGGGACGUACGCAAGACCUUUCCGAGCAUGAUUCUGCCAACAUCACAGUCCCGAGGUUGAGUUCCUUUUACCCCUCCUUGUACUUCCACCGUUCCAUGUUGGGAACGCCGUCCACACAGUGCCGCCUUCGGGUGACUCUUCCCUUUGCCCUUGUGGCAACCUUUCUCACCUUCUUCUUGCCCUCCACGGCCAUCUGCUUCACCUACUGCAGAAUCUUGUUGGCGGCCAGAAGACAAGCUCGACAGGUGGAGGCUCUUACUCAUCCUCCGUACCCUCAUCACUCACCCGGUGAACCAUCCCGUCCUCCUUCUCCAGGUCACGCUGUCCAGGAUGGAGAUGACUACAGCCAUCCUGAGCCACUUGUGUUACAGCAUGCCCCGUUGUCAGUGAACAGCGAGCGCAGAUUGGCACACAGGCAAAGGAAGAGGGCUCUGAAAGCCAGUCUUACUCUGGGAGUACUCCUGGGUCUCUUCUUCAGCGCCUGGUUGCCCUUUUUCAUUACCAACAUGGCACAGGCGGUGUGUGAGUGCAUACCACCUUCCCUCUUCGAUGCCAUCACCUGGUUGGGCUACUGUAACAGCACAAUGAACCCUAUUAUAUACCCCCUGUUCAUGCGGGACUUCAAGAGGGCAUUGGCGAGACUUCUACCCUGCUCUACUCAAGCGCCCCGUAGGCCAUCACCGCCACUUUCGCUUUCGCUACGCAACUCAGGAGAACCACAACUACACACCGAACCCCCCUCCCUUGGGUCCGACCCACCUCAGCUACCUGCGACAGCUACGGAUGCAGUUAACCUUUUUGAUGCAGAACACGGCGGGAUCGACUUGCCUCUGCUGCUACCUAAUCAAGUCGAUACGUUGGACGACUGAUAUGCCAGACAAAAAAAAAAAAAAAAAAAAACUAUGGAUGGGAUGAAAUGGGUUUAGCAGAAAAUGUGUUAAGGCAUAAUGUGCUUAAUAAUGAUGGGAUAAGUGUUGAGAUUUUAUGGACUGUAUUCGUAUUCUUGCCAAAUCAGGAAGACUGUUUCGUUCCUUGAGGCAGAUCACAGUGACUGUACGUUUAAAAUGGGCUUAUCGCCAGCUUCAUUCAUUACCAUAACAACCACAACAACAGAUGGAUAAAGCAGACGAGAGCGAAAGAAAUCUCACUAAUACCUCACACAAUGUCAAGUGGGUUGUCCAUGGAUCUGUAAUUCACGUCUUAAUUAAACAACAAACCACUCCUAAUGAAGAGUGCAAGAGUAUACACAAAAUACUGAUAGUUUUCCCAUAGCAAUUUAUAACAGACUUUAAAUGACAUUUUAAAGUCAUUAAAAUAUAUAUUAUAUUAAUUAGA